AUAAAGCUUAAACUGGACUGAUGUGUGAAGGAAACUUGAGAUUACUAAAUGGACAUCACGGUGUCUGGCCGUUGUAAGGGCGUUGUAACACCAGAAAAAACAUUACAGCGUCAACUCAGCACCCUGAGUAAGUGCAUGUCAGCAUGUUUGGUGCAAAAAAUCUCCACCUGCUUGUGUCGCUCGAGCACCCUGACGGACUAUGACGUCCAGGUGAUCCGGUCACAGGCCACGGACACGCAGAAGGCCUCGCAGCUCGUGCAAGCGGUCAUUCGGAAAGGUCGCGGGUCGUGUCAACGUUUCUUCAAAUGCCUCAGCGUGUGCAGCCCCUCACUCUAUGAAAGGGUUACGGGAUGCACGGUGAGUGUAACAGAGGAAGACCACUAUCAUUUGGAAGACAUAUCUAUUCCAGAAACAACUGGUGCAAUUCCUCCAAGUAUCAUAAAUAUACAAAAUUCCUUGGUGACCAACUGCAUCAUUGGAAGCAACAAUAACUUGCUUAGUGUGCUGUCUCAGACACAUGUUGCUCACGAUAUGAUUGAAGAUACACAGAGGGCUGACCAGCAGAUGACAGAGCAAGACCCUACGCAGGCUCACAGCAUCCAGGUGGAGCGCUCCUAUGUGGAGUUUGUUAUCAUAGGGGACAACAACUAUAUGAGGACUGGAACAAAUGAAGACUCAGGACAGCAGGAACAAAGUGAGAGUGAGCCUGAAGGUUCUGAGGGGUGAAUGGGAUGAACUGGGGAGAAAAAAAGACAGGAUGGAGAUGUUCUCCAGCAUUUUUACAGUUCAGUUCCAAUGUGUGAUAUCUAAGCAUCUCUCUUAUUAGAGAAUCAUGGAUUGCAAUCCAUAGAAUUUAACAUCAUCUGUGUAGAAAUUGAGCUCGGACUAAGCCUUACAAAACGUUUUUAAUGAAAAAUCAGUUGUUUAAGAACAUGGACAUAAACCUGGGUUCUUGGCAGUUCUGUUUCCUCUAAUAAGUGUCAAUACUUUUUUAUUUAUUUAUUUUUUUACAUAAAUACCUCAAAAUCUGAUGUUUUGUUACAAAUCGAAUCCAGUCCUUGUGAACUCAACGGGAUGUGGCAUUAUUUUUCACAUGUCCCUGCUUUUGUACUGCUUUAUAUACAUGUUCUAGUAUGAAUGUUUACUGAUUGAUGAGCGUUUCAUGGUAUUUAUAUA